AGUUCUGUCAUAAACUUCGCUCGAGUUCAAUCAUUCCCAUAUCUCCGGGAGUUGUCCACCCCAAGUCUACCAACUUAGUAAUAUGAGAAUGACACCCUGCAAUUUAUUCCAAGUGGUGCUGAUUAUUGGCCUCCUAGUUAAUCCCCAACUAGCGGAGGUGGCUGCCCUUGGCAAGUACCAUGGAUGGGAUAAUGACUAUCGCUUCUUUUGCACUAUAAAUGUGAAGAGCUCGUCUAAGAUGCAAAUUACGGCCGACGUUGAGCUGGUCAGGAGAACUAAUGGGGGCGAGUGCGUCAACUGCCACUUUAUCUACGGCUUAUCGAAAAUGCUCGGCAAGACUAAUGGAAGUGAGAACAAUGUCGAUCUACUUAGCCAAGUUGAUUUUAUUGCUCCGACGGGAGAUCCCACCACAGAAUGUCUGAAUCAACUAGCUGAAGCUAUCGGUGUGGGUGAUCAUUGUCGCUGGAAUGCAUACCCUUAUAAUGGUAGAAUGGUUCUUGACGGGUGCGGUUCACACUGGGACCUACCUCAUGUCAACUAAGAUAUCUCGAGUCCCGAGGCGCUGCUUCAGUUGUCGAUUAUUCAGACGAGGGUUCAUGAUUGAUCCUGUCUACUUUUCUCUUUCGUUUACUCAUAACGUUUAAUAAUGAGUCAUCAUCAGGCUUAUUGAGAAAUAGCCACUUAUGAGAUUACAAGAUAUGUCUGUGACGCGUCCGAUAUUCGGUUCUGAUCUGUGACGUGAAUCGGGAAGUCCGUAUUCUCGCAGCUCGUUACGUUUCGAGAGUCCUACGUACUUCAGGGGUUUUAUUUGGAUCGUAAUCUUCGGUGUAUCCCGUCACUAUUACUCCGAUAUGAAUACGAGUCCAAGU